ACUUGUUUACUGUGGAGAGACGGAAAGAGGAGGUACCUGAGGGAGAGCAGUCGCUAUACGAACGGGAAUCCAAGUUUUUACACUUGACCCGUCUUUUUAAGUCUUUUUAUGUUUGUUUACCUCACUAUUUUAGACUCUCGGGCAAGGAAUAGUUACUUUGUCUGUGUUGCUUUAUUCGAACUGUGGGGCUGACUCGAAAACCUUGUUGUUUUGGAUUAGCUCGCUAGCGUUAGCUGUUUUCCAAAUCAGCUAUCGUUCAUCUGAGAAAAGAAACGGGCGGCGUGGUGGAGUUUCUCAUUCCAUUUGCAGCGUGGAGCUUCAACGCCGCCGAUGUUUCCGUCGUUUUUUGAUACAUUGGACGGAUACAGAUCACCUUUGGGCUCACACGUUUUCAACCCUUAUUUAGUUUUAUCCGUUUGGUCGUUUCUGGCGGCGGAGUGGCUUGCGGCGUGGUGGUCAGCGGGGGUGAAGGAGUUCAGAGGAAGGUCGUAGUGGGAAAAGCUGCGUCUCUACUGCACGUAGCUGCUCUGAUCAGUUUCCUGGGAUGUGUUCACUCCUGUCUUAAAAGGGAGCUUCUGCUGAGAAAUUGCAUUUAAGUGGCGAAUUCAAAGACCUGUCGGCUUCUAAACCGAUACUUGGGCGACAAGUUGAGCCCAUGCGUGAUGGACGUACUGUUUGCAUAUUCUGCAUCCGAGCGAUUCUUUUAGCACCGGUUUUGGAUGAUUUUUAUUUCACUGGAGCACUAUAAUAUUGCAAUGAGCACAAACCGAUUGGACCUCUUCAGCCCGCUGCAAAAAGGAUCUAAUAUUUUUUGUAUGUAGGGAAUCACCAAAACAAAACAGAUGAACGUGGACUGUCGCCUUCGCUUAUGGAAGAUGAAGAUAUUCAUUCGUACAUGUGUUGCCAGAACCCAAGAUCACGUUAUUUAGUAGUGUGCAGAUUUCUGUGCUCACGCCUAGACAACGGGAGGGGAACCUCGAACAAGUUGUUUUAAGAUAAUCAUCUAUUGAAGAGUUAAAACACUAAUCAAUUGAUACUGGAGUUUUAAGGGCCUUUUGAAGGAAGGUUCUUCCUAUCCAUAUAUCAAAAUGGGACGGUGGACGCUAAAACUGCGAACACAAAUAGUGUGUCUUAUCUUCAGCACCUGCAUCAUAUGCCAAUGUGGACUGAUCAACGGGGAAAUCUGCCAGAGUAGAGACAUCAGGAAUAAUGUGACAAACCUGCAGGCGCUGGAAAAUUGCACCAUCAUCGAGGGUCACCUAAAGAUUCUGCUCAUGUUCAACACAAAGACGGAUGACUUCCGAGGCCUCAGUUACCCCAAACUCCGAGUGGUGACCGACUAUGUGCUGCUGUUCCGAGUCUACGGGCUUGAGACACUGGCACAACUCUUCCCAAACUUGACUGUAAUCCGUGGCAACAACCUCUUCUUCAACUACGCACUAGUGGUGUACGAGAUGCCGCAGAUGAGGGAGCUGGGUCUGCACAGCCUGAUGAACAUCACCAGAGGAGCUGUGAGGAUCGAGAAGAACGCAGACCUGUGCUACCUGGCAACCCUCGAUUGGUCCAAGAUCCUGGACUCUAUGGAAAACAACUACAUUGUGGCAAAUAAGAACGAGAGGGAAUGUGGAGAUGUAUGUCCCGGGACAGCGCAGGGCCUGACCAUCUGCCCUCAGAACACCAUCAACGGGCAUUUCCGGGGCCGAUGCUGGUCACAGGACCACUGUCAGAGAAUGUGUUCUGAUAGCUGCAAACAUGGAGCAUGUACUCCCCAAGGCCAGUGCUGCCACGAUCAGUGCCUGGGCGGGUGCUCGGAGCCGGGUAACUACAGCAGCUGUGUGGCCUGCAGGAACCUCCAGCAUGGAAGUACUUGUGUGGAUAAGUGUCCUCCUGGGUACUACAUCUUCAGAGGAUGGCGCUGCGUCAGCUUCUCCUUCUGCCAGGACCUGCACAACCAGUGUCAACAAAUAAAGAAGAUGAACCAGGACAGAGAAUCCAACUGCUUUGAAUAUGUCAUUCACAAUGGCGCCUGCAUCCCUGAGUGUCCAUCUGGAUACACAACAGUAAACUCCAACACGCUGACCUGUACCCCAUGUGCUGGCCUCUGUCCCAAGCUGUGUGUGGGAAACAAGACCAUUGACUCUGUAACUUCAGCUCAGGCUCUGAGAGGCUGCACUGUGCUCCAAGGCAACAUGAUCAUCAAGAUUCGAGGAGGCAAUAAUAUUGCGGCUGAGUUAGAAGCUAAUUUGGGUCAGCUUGAGGUAAUCACUGGUUACCUGAUGGUCCGACGAGCCUAUGCCCUCAUCUCUCUCUCCUUUUUUCGAGAAUUGCGCUUCAUCAGAGGAGAACAUCUGGAACAAGAUGCUUUUGCUUUUUAUGCUCUGGACAACCAAAACCUGCGUGAGCUAUGGGACUGGUCCAAACACAACCUAACCAUUGUGAAUGGCCGCACAUUCUUCCACUUCAACUCCAAGCUUUGCAUGUCUGAAAUUAGAAAGAUGGUGGAGGUAACAGGAGCGAAGGAGCGCAACAAAAAGAAUGACAUUGCUGCACGAACCAAUGGGGACCAAGCAGCCUGUGAGACCAAACUUCUAAAAUUUACACAGGUGAAAAUAUCAUCAAACAAGAUUGUGGUGAAGUGGGAGGCAUUCUGGCCACCGGAUUAUAGGGACUUAUUGGGAUUUAUGGUUCUUUACAAAGAGGCGCCUUUCAAGAAUGUGACUGAGUUUGAUGGGCAGGAUGCUUGUGGCUCAAACAGCUGGGUUAUUGCAGAUGUUGAGCCCCCACGGCGUGGAACAGACACCAAGAAGCAGGAAGAACCCGGACACCUGAUCAGACCACUGAAGCCCUGGACCCAGUACGCUAUCAUGGUUAAAACACAGCUCUCUGCCUCUGAUGAGCACCAGGUUUAUGGAGCAAAGAGUGAGAUCAUCUAUGUCCGCACCAACGCCUCGAGGCCUUCCACUCCUCUUGUGUAUAUGUCCUCCUCUAAUUCAUCCUCUCAGAUAAUCUUAAAGUGGAAGCCUCCAACCAACCCCAAUGGCAACAUUACACACUACCGCGUCAUCUGUAGAAAGCAGCCGGAAGACAGUGACCUGUACAAGUUUGACUAUUGUUUACAAGGGAUGAAACUACCUUCUCGUACCCCGACCCAUUUGGACACCGAUGACAAACAGAAGUGGAAUCAUACAGAGGAGCCCAGUGUGGGGGGAAACUGUUGUGCUUGUCCUAAGACGGAAAUCCAACUGAAGAAAGAGCAGGAGGAGAUAGAGUACGGCAAAAUAUUUGAGAACUAUCUUCACAAUGAAGUCUUUGAGAUCAGACCAGCCAGGCGCAGACGCUCUGUAGGGGUUGCCAAUGCCACCCAUACACCUUUUAUACAUAGCACCUUUGCGUAUGGCCCUACUAGUCUCACCCCUGAAAAUAAAGAUGAAGAAGGAUCUGAGGUUGAGCUCAAAGUGUUCUCUAAGGAGUCCACAGUCAUCUCCAACCUUCAGCACUUCACCAGUUACAAGAUCGAAGUCAUGGCUUGCAAUGAUCCCACAGAUCCUGAGCGCUGCAGCAUGCCCACCUAUGUCAGUGCGCGCACCAUGCCUGAAGAAAAGGCAGAUGAUAUUCCAGGCCCCGUCACCCAUGAAAUAAUGCACGGCGAUACUCACUCUGUGCUAAUUAAGUGGAGUGCCCCUGUCUCUCCUAAUGGUCUCAUCAUUUUGUAUGAAGUCUUCUAUAAGAGGGUUGGGGAUACAGAGCUUCAGACUGAUUGUGUAUCACGGCCAGCUUACCUCAAAAUGGGUGGGACAAAGCUGCCUCUUGUGCACCCAGGCAACUAUAGUGUGAGGGUCCGUGCCACGUCUUUAGCAGGAAACGGUUCUUAUACAGAUACCACCUACUUCUUCGUGCCUAACAAAGAUCCAGAUGUUAUUUGGCUUGUUAUUGGGCCAGUUAUUUGCUUCAUCUUGCUGCUUAUCGUGGGAGCUGGUGUAUUUGUUGUUUUCAAAAAGAGGCAGACUGAAGGUCCAACUGGACCACUUAUUGCCUCAUCUAACCCUGAGUACAUUAGUGCAAUUGAUGUAUAUGUUCCCGAUGAGUGGGAGGUCCCUAGAGAGAAGAUUAAUGUGUUGAGAGAGCUGGGACAGGGCUCUUUUGGCAUGGUGUACGAAGGAAUCGCCAAAGACAUCGUCAAAGGAGAGCCAGAGACACGCGUCGCUGUCAAGACUGUUAACGAGUCAGCCAGUCUGAGAGAGAGAAUAGAGUUCCUCAAUGAAGCUUCAGUCAUGAAAGCCUUUAGCUGUCACCACGUGGUCCGUCUACUUGGUGUGGUGUCAAAAGGUCAGCCCACACUGGUUGUCAUGGAGCUGAUGACCCACGGUGAUCUUAAAAGCUACUUACGCAGUCUAAGGCCUGAUUCUGAGAACAACCCAACGGGCCGGCCACCACCUACACUGAAAGAAAUGAUCCAGAUGGCUGCAGAAAUAGCUGAUGGUAUGGCUUACCUCAAUGCCAAGAAGUUUGUGCACAGAGAUCUGGCAGCAAGAAAUUGCAUGGUGGCAGAGGACUUUACAGUAAAAAUUGGAGACUUUGGUAUGACACGAGACAUAUAUGAAACCGAUUACUACCGGAAAGGCGGGAAAGGCCUGCUACCUGUCCGGUGGAUGGCACCAGAGUCUCUAAAGGACGGUGUGUUCACUGCCCACUCUGAUUGCUGGUCAUUUGGGGUUGUGCUGUGGGAGAUCAGCACACUGGCAGAGCAGCCAUACCAGGGUCUAUCCAACGAACAGGUCCUAAAAUUUGUUAUGGACGGAGGAUACCUGGACAGGCCUGACAACUGCCCUGAGAGGAUGCACAGCCUAAUGCAAAUGUGUUGGCAAUACAACCCCAAGAUGCGUCCAACGUUCCAUGAGAUAAUCGAGAUGUUGCGGGAGGACCUGCACCCAUCGUUCCAGGAUGUGUCCUUCUUCUACAGUGAGGAGAACAAGGUCCCAGAGACUGAGGAGUUUGACUUGGACCUGGAAAACAUGGAGAGCAUCCCACUGGACCCAUCGUCUUACUCCCAGAGAGAGGAGAGUUUAGGCAGAGACUGCGGGCCGUCAGUUGGCCUGAGGGGAAAUUAUGAGGAGCAUGUCCCCUACACACACAUGAAUGGUGGAAAGAAAAAUGGACGAAUCUUAUCGUUACCCAGAUCCAGCCCAUCCUAACAUUUCCUGUUUUCUACAAACUCCAUUUCUCCUUUUCUCUGUUCCAGUCCGUCUCUAUACCUUCUGUUGCAUUUUUCACUUUCUACUUCAAAAACACAGAUCUCAGGACCUUUACUUUCUUCCUCAUGCCUGCCAGUCAUAGGCAAAACCGGACAUGAUGCAAACAUGGUUCCUCAUUUUUCCUUCUUCCACAGUUCAUCAAACUUUCUGUUGUUUUUAAUCAUGUUUCCCAAACUCCUUAGAGAAACAGAGAGAUACUGUGAACGCAACAAACCUUAGACAACCAGAAGGCUGCUUAUGCUCCACCUCUCUAGACUCCACUUCACACCAGUCUGCAUUUCCACAUCCACUGCUCCCCAAGUGUAAUCUUUCUACUCAGAUAGUGGCCUUUUAUAUGUGGCCUCAAAGCGCCUUUCAAUGCUUCUAUUAAUUUCCUUUUUAAACAAUGACUUUUUGGAACAAUGUAAGAUUUGCAAAAGACUUAAUCAUAGAUCAAACAUAUAUUCCUAGAGGAAAUUGUUUUUACAAUUAAUUCCUGCAAAAUUCCAAACUACACUUGGAUUCAAUGGGUUUUUAAUAUUUUAAUUUAUUUUGUUUUGUUUGCUCCUUUUUCUCUUUUCUUUUCCUGUCCUCACUUUAUGGCUGAAGGAUAUUUAAACUGUUAUGAAUUGGACAAAAUAUUUCCUCAGACUGACCAAUAGCUGCUGCUUUGAUAUAAUUUAGUGGGAGUAGAAGAAUAUAAAUAUAUAUAAUUUAUACUAUAUAUGGAAUAUUGGUUGUGCACCAAUAUUGUAUAUAUAAUAUAUGACACAUUGGUGUUUUUGUAAAUAGUACAUAUUUGUAAUGUUUUUCAGAGGCUUUGCUAGUAUUUCAUUUUUAUGUUGCUGUUUUUUCCAGAUUUUAAAGUAUAUAUAUUUUUCUAGCCCCAGAAAUCCCACUAAACUACCAUCACUAUUCAUGUGUGUCUUAGGCCUCCAGUUUCUCACUGCUUUGUGCAUCUGGAUGGAGCUGGUAAAGCCACAAACUAUUGUCACCAGUCACCACAUCAUGUUUUUUUUUCUAUUACUAUUAUUAAAAUCUGGAAGCUGUCAACAUUUGGAGGCAACCUUACAAUAUUAACAAAAAAAAAAAAAAAAAAAAGAAUAACCAAAAAGCUUUAGAAAGGGGAUAUGAGGUCUUUCUUAAUUGCACGUGGUUUGUCAGUCUGCUGUUGUUCUUUGGUCAGAUCUUGCUGUAGCAAGGCCUCUGUGUGGUGCUGUUGCAAGCCUAAUGCAUAAUAGUUCUGGUUGCUAGGGGAUGUCACUGAAGCUGUAGUUAAUAAGUGGGUUUGACCUUUGGUCUUCCAUGUAAAAAGUCCUUAGAUGGACUUUACCUCUGGAAGAAUUUUACUAUUCAGCCCACUUCCUUUUCCUUCCUCCUCUUCAGUCAUCUGGGAGCUUCCUAUUGGUCACGAAACCCACAACUCCAAAAUCAGACUGCAGGAAUUUUCCACGUUUGGAGUUUGCCGUAAGAAGUAUGGAAAAUUCCAUGUUCGUAGCAGGUAGAGAGGAACAGAGCUUCGUUUCACUGUAGCAAGUGAUAAUUAUUAUUCCUCUUAUUCCCCCUAACAACUCCUAGUUAGGCAGUGAUGGCCCCACACACAGCAGCUCUGUCACUCAGGUCUGACAUUCCAGGAUGAAUGACUGCUGGCACUGCUUGUACCAUCACAUACAAGGACAUUCAGUCAAGAGAAAAUGUAUCCGAAAUGUCCAUGCUGAAACGCCUAUUCAGAAUAAUGGCCUAACUAACAUUGAUUCAGUCUCAUGUCAGUUUUUGCUUAAACAGAGAGAGAAUUCUUAAGUCAAUACAUCAGUGAGCUUGCCAAUAUUACCAAACAGGAUUCAGCACUUACUGUAAAGCCAAAGGGUUGGCAUCUUCUUGUCAACAAUGAUCACCUGCAGAACACAAGAGCAAGAUUAAGCAGAGAAGCUGCCUACAUAAAUGAACUAGUGCCUUGUCUAACGCAGAGCCACGUCACAAUAGUCUCGUGUUUUUAAGUGGGCACAGACGGGAGAGACUGAACAGUUUUUUAAGUGUUAGCUUACAGCAGUGACACUGUGGAUUAGCCUAAGAUGGUCAUGUCAUAAAUAGCCUUUUCAGGGCAGUUACAAUCUUAUUUUCGUUUGUAUUUUGUAAUAUAAUAAUGAAAAUGUUUGGAAAUGAAAAAAAACUGAUGAUGUAAAAAGUCCAUGCUUGUCAGUUGGCUGUGCAGACAUUGCAGAACACAGUGAGCUUUGAUUCUAUUCAACGAAAUAAUUGUUAAAUAUACUUCAGAAUGUCACCAUGAAGUAAUAUCUGUUUUCUGCAUUCGAUUACAACUUAAGUUUGUAUGAAUGCAGUGACUGGGAGACAGAGCCCUAAUGGCCUAUGUUGCUUCUCCCAUGGUGUACUUCAAAUGCAUAUGCAACUUUUUAAAUUAAGGUGGUGCCCAUAUCUUUGAAAGACCAGAUAUUUAUUUUAUUAUGAUCAUUGUCAUUGUGUAAGAAGAACAGAGUUAGCUUUUUAGUUGAGUAUUUUUACAAUGUUGAAUCGUGGUGUGGUGUAAUGGCCUUGUUUGUUGUCGUGUCAAGUGUAGUUGGCAGCACGCAGCUGGAGGAGAGCUAGUCAGUUGUUAGUGUUGUCGUCUUUGUGUUUGGCCAGAGUCUACCUCAGUGCAUAUGGAUGAAUCAGUCUGAAGAGCCUAAAUCAAUCUUGUAGUUCACUUACUCCAGAUCCUAUCAUCUACCUUAACUUCUAGUAUUUUCCAUUGCAAUUAUUUUAAGACCUCCUAUGUUUUCUUUGUGUUAUUGUUGCAAAAAUUACUCUAUCUCAACCUCAACUUUAUUGUUAUGUGACUUAAAACUGGCAUGAGCGUGGUAUUACAGUGGCUAGUAGGUUUAUCCUGGACACUGUAUUUUCACUGCUUAUACACACAGAAAGGGCCUCACUUUUUUAUGGGACUUGGCAUGGCUGACUGAAGUAUAUCUGAUCACCUGCAUGUGUCCAAAACACCACCCUCAUAUUCUGUAAUCAAAACUAGACUAAACUGUAGCAGAAUGCCCUGCUUCUCGUCUUUGGUCCGUCUUAUCAAAACAAUUCCACCUUCUUCUCCAUUCUGUUGUUAUUUUGCUCUAUAUGUUAUUUUUUUCUACUGUGAAUAUCAAAAUAUGGCUUUUACUUUCUGUCAAUGCCAUGGAUUGGUUCAGUUUUAAGCUGACCAGAACAGUGGUAUAUGGGCUGGUUCAAUUAUUGGGAAAAAAGGGGAGUUAUUUUUUUCCUUCUUUGCAAAGGAAAGCUGGACUGGGACAAUCCUGUGUGCCAUACGAACUAUUCUAAACAGACCUGAAAUCUCGAUUGUAACUUUUUACGUCUCAGGGAGGCGGCCUAAUGCUUUGUGGUUGGAGGGUGAAAGAGGAUGAGGGGGAUGGAGAGCUACCUACCUUAUAUUCACCCUGACUUACUCAAGUUCUCAGCAUCCUUGCAAAAAGCCCAGUGACAUGUUAUCAACAACAAAAACCUAAUCAACCCAUUGCAUAAAAUGAGUUUGUGCCCCUUUAUUUUUGAAUAUGAUCAGAAGGAAUUCCUCUUUUCUCUCAUUUGAUGUGGUUCGGACUGCCCUCUUGUGGUCAAACGGGAGCAUCGCAGGUCAGGGGUGGCAAAGCAACUCCACAGUGCCUUGCUUUCAGACUUUCAGCCCACCUGACCCCUCCCACAAGGUCCACUCCUCCUCAGCAGAACCACCACUGACCGGCAAGUCUUCACCGGUCCCUCAAGAGGAUUUUCCAUCUUCAAAAUAUCAUUUACUUUUUUUCUGUGCUUUUUUUAAUUUAACAUUUGAUGAAAAAAUACUGUCAUUUCAGAUGUUGUGUUGGCUGAUAACUAUUUUAACCAAAGGUCUUUUCUGCUUCUGUCUGGCUGGCUUGCUUUGUGCAUGGAUCAUGAAAAAUGUAUACCAGCAGAUAGCCCAGUAAUUUGAGGUGUAGUGGUUUCCUUAUGCCCAAAAUCAUGCAGACCUAAUUCAGAUCCCACAUAUAAAACAGCUGUUCCACUUCCAUGAAAAUAUAAUAUGAAGUUGAUAAGCUCUUUUUUAUUGUGAAUACACUACACCCCCCAGGGCCUAACACAAGCACUUGAUUAUAAGGGGAAGUUUCGGUUUUGUUUUGUUGAACUCUGAUGACCUCAGAAGUGGUUGGGCAGAGCAUGAUAGUUACGCAGCGCAAGGUGAGAACAAAGCAUUGUAUGUAUUAUCAUUGUCUUUUUGUUGAGAAAAAAGUAUUACAUUUUAGAAGAUAUUGAUUUCUAUUUUUUUAGCCAAAGUUAGGGAGGGUAAAAACAAUGACUUUUUCAGACUGUAAACUUUUACUAUUCUUGUACAUUAUAAAUUUAACAUUGUUAUCAAUCUGUAUAUAACUUUUUUCUAAAUUGAAAAGAUACAAAUUUUCAAUGUAGAGCCAUGGCAAAUGUCAAGGAGCUGCACGAUGUAAAACUGUGGCCUGCAGUCUGUUCUUAAAGCCCAUCUAAAACUGAAUUCAUAUGUUAUAAAUAUCAAAGAUGUUUAUUUUUUAUUUUGUGACAAACUGGAAAAGACCACUGCACAUCCUUUAUCAAAGACAAAUGAGUGUGAAAUCCCAAAUAAGCUAAAAAAAAAAAAAAAAAAGUGAGUUUUAUUAUUACUGAUAAUAUUUUUUUAAGUUUGGACUGUAAAGUAGGAGUACAGUAAUUUGUAACUGUACACAUUUAUGUUGUUUUGGAGAAAAUGGGGAAUCUGAUUCAGUGGUCUGCUCCAGUUUUAAAAGUUGGUCCCUGUGCUUGUUUAAAAUCAAUGAAUUUGUAUCUUCUGUGUUGUUUUUACCACUGCGCCCCUCAUGUCUGAACUUCUGACCGCUGCUCCCUGCUCCUCUCCCUCCUCUCCCUCCUCCUCCUCCUCCUCCUCCUCCUCUGUGCACAUACACUACAGUCCCGGGAAUGCUGUGUCAGGAUACCUCUUAACCAAUGUGUGUCCGAGCCCAAAUCUUAUACCCCAAUACAGACAACGCUACCCCUCACACUGGAUCCAUAUGUGCCAUUGCCUACCACAAAUACCGACUUGUUUGCAUUGACACACAACACACAUGAGCAGAAAGACAUGCAUAUUGUACAGGAUCAAAAAUGUGCCAUGACUAAAUUAACGCUUGACAAUUUAUUUUUUCUAUGUUUUCAAAGGAGAGCCAAGUAGUGACUUGUACAGAAAAUGUUGCAAUGAUAUGAAAAUAAAAUCUUGCUGUGUGUAAAUUAUUCAACAAUUAACUGUUUAUAUUAAAAUUAUAAAUAAAAUUA